AUGAUGGUGACAUGGACCCGGUGUAGUAAACAGCUGGCUAUUGUGACUGCGAAAGUUUCUGACAGCUGAAACUGGUUUUCCCUCGCUGAUAGAACAAUGGAGAAUGGAGAUGGAAGGUUGUGCUGGGAGCCCAAGGAAUAUUACCAUCCAUCUCCAGGACUGCAGUAUGCAGUCAUUGUUCUCAAUGAAGCCUUGGAUGAAACCAACAUGCAAUAUGUGAACUUUCUGUGGCAGCAUGCUUCUGUGCGAGUAUGUGUGGAUGGUGCCACCAAUUCCUAUCACAAUCUCAUGCAGCACCAAAGUACACCAUCUCUUCCUGCGCCCAGUGAUAUAUCACCAUCAACCUUCCGGUCUUCAGUUACAAGCGGUUUGACCAAUGGAUUACCUUGUAACUCGUGCCCCCUGCCUGAUAUCAUUACGGGUGACUUUGACUCGGCCCAGCCAGAGCUACUGAAAUUAUACAGUAGUCUUGGGGUUAAUAUCGUACCGACUCCCAGCCAAGAUGAAACGGACUUUACCAAGGCUGUUAGAGUAUUGGAGAAAUUUAUUGAGGAGAGAAACUUUGAGAUUCAGCAUGUGGUUGUAAUCGCAGGGUUGCACAAUACACGUUUUGAUCAUGUAAUUGCCAAUAUUGCAACACUGUACAAGAUAGAAGCUGUGAUCUCGGUUCCUGUAGUUGUUAUUAGCGGAGGAAGCUUAUACUGGCUGCUAACUGCCGGAGACCACAGCAUCCAGAUACCAGAAGAUAUCAUAUUCAAUCCAAAACGGUCCUGGUGUGGUCUCGUACCAGUUGGACAGCCAUCCACUGUCACCACUACUGGCUUAAAAUGGAAUCUAAAUAAUCAAGUGUUAGCAUUUGGACACAUGGUGAGCACCUCCAAUACCUUUGAUCCCAUUUCCUGCGGGUUAGUCACAAUUACCACUUCCAAGCCGCUUCUCUGGACGAUGGGAUGGAACAUUGAUCAGGCUCCCACACUGCAAAUAGCAGAAGAGCCCAAGUCUUCAUGUUGUCCCAGCCAAGGAAUCGCUGACAAAAAGGAGCGCAGUCUUCCAACUUUAACACACCUGCCGACAAAAGCAACACUUGCGGAAAUCUCGCUACAAGAUGGGAAAUGUCCAGGGCCAAUGCAAAGAUAGAUAAGCUAUUCAUUUGAAAUCAUUCAAACCAAUCUGAUAUUUUCCCUAAUGAGUGAACGCCUUGAGCUUAUCACUGCAUUAAAAGAUCAGCAACUCCAUUUUUGGCUACCAUUUACAUUUGAUGGACUUUCUAUGUCAUAAUAUAAAUUCUUCAGUUGAAAUUUAAGUGGGUAACCACAUAUCAAAUUUGUCCCAAACAUUUAGAAUUCUUCAUGCUGGUUUAGUAGUUGUCAGUGAAAGAUAAGUGUUUACAAAGUAGGCAGCUUUGUCUCAGUGUUCACAUGUAAGCGAUGAAGAAGGAAGGAUACAUUGAUAGAAAGGCACAUUUAAGGGGAAAGAUUGGAAAUGGAGAAAAUAGGGCAGACAGAUUAGUAAUUUGGUAGUGCACAUUUAUAAAAGGAAAAUAAUCAUUCAGGAAGGUAGGGUUAACAUCACGUCUAUGGGCAGCCGAGGCCAGGUCAUCUGCACUGACAGGUCAUUUAUAUAAAUAUAAUCUUCCGUAUAACAGGCUUCUUUGUGCUGAAUAGCUAUACAUUUUAGCAGCCAGUCCAAGACACGAAUCCCAUUGUAAUAAUAACUGGCUUCUUGCACUGAAAUGAAUUAGUUUUCAUAAAGAUUUAUGUUAAGGACUUAGUAAAGCACAAAUAUUAUAACUAUUAAUCAACACGACUUUAUCUCGAUUAAGUUUUUCAUUUCUGUGGUUUGGGAGACACUUUACAAGAGAAUGAAAGACCUAUUUCUCUAUUUUUGUUUUUAAGAUGCAAUUUAAGCAGUAGGCCAAACAGUGGAUCUUUUAAAUUAUUUAGCAUUUUGACAAAUUAUUAUUUUGUAGGAAAAAUAUGGUAAAAAGGUAUUCAGUGUAAUGCCUGACCUUUUGCAGCUUGUUUGUUUUGACUUCUUCAUACACUGAUGGUUUAGUCCCCCCCCCCCUGGUUACAUGUACACUGAUGGUUCACUUUGUACACUGAGGGUUUACUUCCUCUUGGUCACGCGUACGCUGACGGUUCACUCCCCUGGGUCACAUGUACACUAAUGGUUCACUCCUCUUGGUCACAUGUACACUAAUGGUUCAUUCCCCCCUCGGUCACAUGUACACUGAUGGUUUACUUCCCUGGGUCACAUGUACACAGAUGGUUCCCUCCCCCUUGGUCACGUGUACACUGAUGGUUCACUCUUUACCCCUUCCCCUUGGUCAAGUAUACACUUUGGUCAUAAUAUUCAGAGCAGCUUCAAAACUUCAUACGUCUACCUCUUGCUCACCUCUUAUGUGGAAUCUCGGUUGCAUGUGAUCUAAGCCACGGUGAAGAAUUUUGUGUACAAUUUUGUUUUUGUUUAAUAGCGUAUCAAGUGGUCUGAAGUUGGUGCUCAUGCCUACUUGCCUAGAUCAUGGGGAAAUUUUUUUAAUCUAAGUGCACAAUAUAUAAAACUUACCUUGAAAUAUUCUUUGAUGUUGUGUGUGUGCGCACACUUGCAUAUGGUGAUUGUAUUUUAUAUAGCUUUUCAACAUGUCCGUUAAUUAUGCAAUUGUGCAGCGAAUAGGUACAAGAUCAUUCCUCGAUUUUUCUCGGGUUUAGUACACUUCUUUAUAUUAUUUGAGUUCAACAGAAGUGUGUGCUCAGAUUUAUAUAGAAAGGAUUGUGAUAAAAAAUAGAAAAGUAAGAAUUCUGUAUUAUUGGGGGUAUUUUAACUUUUAGUUAACAGAAGUUUAACUUUUAGUUUGUUUCAGUGAGCAACAGAAACAAGGUAAGUUUUUACAUUAUUUAUAAGGACACACUUCCAGUUUUUUGUUACUGUAAUAUAUAGUUUUAGUUAACAAAUUCAAAUUUUAUUUAUAAGGCUUUGUCAAAUGCAAUGUGAAUUUCUAUAUUCAUAAACAAAAAUUGGAAGAAGAAACUUACUUUCUUAGAAAUGGUUAUGCAGUACUUAAAAUGACUAGUCAUAUUAGUGCUAGCCUUCAUAGGCCUACUUACACCAUUGUGGUAGUAUACUCUGUACUUGGCUUUGCAUUUAUUUAUUUUUGCCAUUGUGUCUUGUAGGAAAAGGUUGUAUGUAUAUACUGUACAUUAUAUAGGCAACAGGCUUCAAAAUGUAACUACAAUACUGUAUUUUUGUAUUCAUCAGGUAUAUUUGUUGUACAGCAUAAAAUAAAAUUUAGUGUGUA